AUGUCUAGGCAAUCGCCAGAGGAACAUGAAUAUACCCAUUUUGCUAUGAUCUACAUCGAUAGGGAUGGGAAUCUUUGCCAAAGGGCCUCCGAGUCCAUUUCGGAGAGUCGUCAGACCAUCCUUUCUCCUCGGGUCACCGGUGAAUUCCUCCGAGCAGUGGCGAUGUCGAGAGAAACCCACACACAUUCUCAAGUUUCUCCCGAGGUCCAAGUGCCUUCUAGCGGGGCUCAAUCGCAGGAGUCCGUCGCAUAUAGUGGAAUGAGCUUAGGUAGUCAACAGAGACCGUCAGGUCUAGGUCAACCAGAGUCCGCAUUCCGGCCGACAAUAUGGCAAUCCAGCGAGUCCUGGUCUCUACAACCCAGCCCACAACCUAAGAAGAAGAAUUUUGGAGGUCGGAGCCUCAACUUGGCCUCUCAGCAAAAAACCACAAUCUCUGUAAAAGAGAGGGGUCUUAUGCGACUCUACUAUGAGAAAAUAUUUCAAAACUUGCAACAAACAAACUGCCGAAUUAUCGCAAAAGCCUACAUCAAAUUAGUCGAACCGCGCAAACAAGUUAAUUACCCAUACAAUGGACGGAAGAUCGUGGAAGGGAGGACUCAACAGCUCGAUCCGGAGGCAACUAAGCCACCGUGGUGGCCACGUGGAGUGAGCCACAGAGAGCCGGAUCAUCUUCCAAAAGUUGAGCGCAUUCGACUUUUGGUAUACAUUCUCACCGAGAUGCGCAAAACCCACGGAAUCACAGCAGCCAGAUUAAAACAAUGCGAUCAACCCAUUCGUCGUCAAAUUCUCCCAGUCGAGCGUUUACAAAUCUUGGACGAAGCAUAUCGAGUUCGUGAGGAGGAGGAAAGAUUUCUCGAUGGGGUUUCAGACGGGAAACACGUGUGUAUAGCUCGCACCAAUCUCCCUCAAAUAGCAGAAGACACAUCCAGCGGACAAAGCUCGCCAACCGAACCAGGCCCUUCCCAUAAUACCGUCGAGUCCGAGUCCAGCGACGGAAUAUCUGGCAUCGAUAUAACCAGAGCCACCUCCGGAGACCUCCCAAGCGCUCCAUCAUACAAUCCUUCCCAUCCCUAUAACCCAGCAAUGCACAUGAGCCCAAACAUGCAAUACCAGCCCGCCGGCCCUGCUACAACCAUGUCAGCACCAUCGUUGGAAUUGCGACCAAAACACGAACCACUAUCUGCUGGGACGCAUUUGAUCGAUCAGACACGUCCCGUUAGCCUCGCGCACUAUCCAUACCCUGGUGUUUCUGGAAUUCAACCAACACCGAUGGAGUUCUAUGGUACACCUGAUUUGUCUCAUGAUACAGGUGUUCCAAUCACCCAGACCUCGACAGGCAACUUGUCGACAGAACCAAUGAUGCCAUACGGCCACCCCUACUAUUUCAACUAUUGA